GUGUGUAGGCAUACAUGGUUUACAAGACCAAUUUUCAGGUUUACUCACCAGCAUUACGAGACCAAUCGGGUUACGGAACCGAUUUUGAUGGUCUCGUAAACAAAUCUUUUUAAUGCUAUAACUAUUGAAUAUUAAUUAUAUAUGUCAUUAUGAAUACAUGUGUGAUGACAUAGUUUCUAGUGCUAACAGUUAAUAUAGUUGUUUUACAGUAAUGGCCAACCCCCUGCCUUUCUGACGUUCAUACAUAUUGGUCUCACAAGGCAGGAUGGGUUUGUGAGACCAAGACGUGUGUAUCCAACAGCGCCCCCAGAGGCUGCAAGAGACAUUGCAAGUUACACACGUUUCCGCGAAAAUACACACAAUGACGCGCCAAUUUUACACACAACGCGGGAAAUUCAGUGGGCUUGCAGUGUGGACAGGUCGGGAAGACUGGGAUGAACUUCGAAAAUGAGGCGAGGCAGACUAGACCCCAUUUGUGAUGCACAAAAUCACGUAAGACUGCAGAAGGAGAAAGCGUUGUGUGUCUGGAGAUACAUUGACCCCAUCAAAGGAAGAGGUGUGUUUGCAUUGGAGCCAAUUCAUAAAGGUUCAUUCCUUUUGGAGUACAGAGGAGUUUUGAAGAAGACUGAGAAGACUACUGCGUGGAAUGAGUAUACAUACGUCUUCAAACAUAAAGGAACGGAACAUUGCAUUGAUGCUUCAAGUGAAGAUGGGACACUUGGCAGACUUGUGAAUGAUGCUGAAAAGCCAAAUGCAAAAAUGAAAAAAAUAGAGGUGGAUGGUGUACCCAGUCUUUGUUUGUUUGCCAUUGUUGACAUUGAGGAAGGGCAAGAAAUAACCUAUGACUACGGAGGAGAAAACCUGCCAUGGCGUUCUUACCAAAGGCAUCAAAUAUCCAAGCCUAUGGCUCCAUGUACAGUAGAGAAACCUGUUCUCUACACAGCAGUCGUCUCUCCAUCUACAGACCACUCAACAGUCGUCUCUCCAUCUACAGACCACUCAACAGUCGUCUCUCCAUCUACAGACCACUCACCAGUCGUCUCUCCAUCUGCAGACCACUCACCAGUCGUCUCUCCAUCUGCAGGCAACAAACCAUUUCUCACCUCCACAGUUCUCCCUGAAGAGAAUGAAAGUGACUUCAGUGAAGAGGAGCUAUUGGAUGAUGUAUGUGAUCCAGAAUACGUUCCAGGCUCAGAAAGUGACACAGAGGAUGAGGAACCAAUAAACGGCUUGUUAAACCCAACUUUACAGGUCACUGAAGAAUCACUAAUGGAUACCUCUAUGAACUGUAAUGUCACAUAUGACACCCCUAACACUGGACAAUCUUGCACCAACACAGUACCUUCAACCAGUGUUGUAAAAGCAGGACAAAAUUUCUGCUUCAUUUGCAAGGAUUUUUAUUUCAAAAUCGCGCGGCAUUUUAAAACUCACAUAAAAGAGAAUUCUGAUAUUGCAUAUGCCCUUAGUCUCCCAGCAGGCUCAACCACUAGGAAGAAGCUCCUAGAGAAUCUUCGCAACAGGGGAAACUUUGAGUAUAACAGAUGUGCUGAAAAAAGGAAGUGGUCAGCUUAAAGUGAAGCGCAGAGCCAAGAAGGUUGAAUGGAAAAAAUAUGAAUAUUGUAUCCAUUGUAAGGGUAUGUUUUUGCGACCAGAACUAUGGAGACAUAUGAAAAGGUGCUCCUCCAAACCAGAGGAACAAGAUCAUAAAGGAAGAAAAAGGGUGCUCGGCCUAGCAUCUGCAAUCCAGUCAGCAUGUUCAAGCACAGUUGAUGAUGGGGUGCUUAAAAUGUUAAGCCAUAUGCAUGACUAUGUCAUUGCAAGUGUUAUUCGUAAUGACUUCUGCCUUCUUCGGUAUGCUGACACCCUUUUCGCAAAACAUGGACAUGACCCUUCAAAACAUGACUAUAUCCGCCAAAAAAUCCGUCAGCUGGGAAGAUUCCUGCAAACCAUCCGCAAAAGGUCUUUAAUCCUAACCUUAGAGGAUGCCAUAAAACCAGGAAAUUUCAUGGAAGUAAUUGAAGCAGUAAAAGAAACAGCAGGAUUUGAUAAAGAAAAGAACUGUUACAAAACUCCAAGCCUUGCACUUAAAAUUGGACACUCACUGUUGAAAGUGAGUGACAUCAUUCAUUGUCAUGCUCUUAUGGCAGGAGAUGACAACUUGAUUAAAUCCUCAAAAGCGUUUCAGAAGCUUUAUACUGCAAAGUGGUCGGAGUACAUAUCCCACUGUGCCUUAAGCACCAUUAGUGACUUGAAAUAUAACAAAACAGCCACAUUACCGCUCACUGAUGUAACAAAAUUUAACAAGUAUCUUGACAAAACUGUUGACACAGCAACUACUGCAUUGAAGAAGGAGACAACAGUACAGAACUAUUCCAGCCUUGCAAAAGCCGCAUUGACCAAGAUUGUCCUUUUCAAUAGACGUGUUGGGGAGGUGUCAAAGAUGAAACUGAGACAUUUUCUGGAAAGAAACAAAGAAACCAACACCAUUGAUCUAUUGGGGCUGUCAGAGUGUGAAAAGAAACUUUGCAACUAUUUUGAGCGUGUUGAACUAAAAGGAAAAAGGGAGAGAAAGGUAGCAGUGCUGCUGACACCUAAGAUGGUAAAUGGACUCAACAUUAUGAUUGAGAAGAGGAAGGAAUGUGGUGUCCCGGACCAAAAUGAAUACUUGUUUGCUGUACCAAAUUGUCUGACUUACUACAGAGGACAUCAGUGUCUCAGACAGCUCGCAGAUGAGUGUGGUGCCAAGAGGCCAGAGUAUCUACGAUCAACUCAACUGCGCAAAGACAUAGCGACCACCUCACAAAUCCUGAACUUGAAGAGCAACGAACUAGAUCAGCUUGCUGAUUUUAUGCGGCACGACAUAUCAGUACAUAGACAGUUGUACCGUCUGUCAGAGCCUACCAUACAGAGUGCCAAAAUUUCCAAGUUGCUCCUUGCACUGGAAAAGGGAAAGAUGCAUGAGCUUAAAGGAAAAUCUCUUGACGAAAUUGAAGAUGUCACAGAUGAUGAUGAAGAUGAGAGUGAGGAGGAACAAACAUUCACAACAAACAUUCACAACAAAGCAGAGGUAGAUUGUCCUCGUGAACUGAACGACAUGGACACUCGUGAUGCAGAUGGACUCCUUCCUGUACAUAAUGUACCCAAAGAAAAGACACGAAGACCAUGGACCAAAGCAGAAGAAAAAGCUGUGCUGAGACAUUUCAAGUCUCAUAUAAUUAAAGGUCAUUUAGCAUCAAAGAAGGAGUGUGUGGUUUGCAAAGAAUGUGAACAGCCAGCACUGAGAAAUAGAACAUGCCAAAACAUUAGAGACUUUGUGAGAAACAAGGGGCUGACUUUUAAGCGCCAAAACCGCCACCCACACUAAAUAACAAUAUGUGUGCAGCCAGCGUUGUGACGAUAAACAAAAAAUAAUUUUCAAUUAAUAAUCGUUAUAUUCUACAUUAUAUAUUAAGUGUAAUUUUUUUAAUGCUUUUCUGCGAAGUUGCCGGUAACAUCUGGCGGGGGGGACAGCCAAUGUAAAUCAGCCUCUAGCUGCAAUUGGGGUGCAAUAAUGUUGUUGUUUUUCCAAUAUGUUCAAUGUUGCACAUCGUCCCUUUUGAAAUAAAUGAAUUGAAAUUGAAA